CGGCUAACUUCAGUUUUGUGUUGUUAUUUUGUGCUGAAUUGUAUCUAUUGAAUUUUUUACUAAUAUUGACGUGCAAGUGUUUUUGUCCGUGUAACUGCCGUGGCUUUCAUUGUUGCUGUUGUUAACGUGUGUUUUUGUACUUCUCGUGAAAUCCAAAAUGGUUCUAAUGCCUAUUGGUCCAACUAGAAAGUCGUCAAGUAGAGACAGACAUCCAAAACCAUAUUGUAGCUGUUGGUCUACCAGAGGUCCUGUAACUUGGAAUAAUCCUAACGACUGCUCCUGUGGCGAGGACAACGAUGUCAGCGAGUGGAAAUGGCAGCACCCGGAUGCAAGCAGCUCGAGCCUGGUGGUUGUCAGCGAUGACAAGAAACAAGUGACAUUCCAUCCGUUCUACAGCUCAGGCACGGCUGUGGUGAAGGGAGACACACCACUGCAACACAACCACCACUACUAUUGGGAAGUCAAGAUGUUAACGGAGACCUACGGGACUGAUAUUAUGGUGGGUCUUGGCACAAACAAAGUUAACACAUCAGACUCCCAGUUCGAAUUCACCUCGUUCCUCGGGAAGGACGGCGAGUCGUACGGCUUCUCGUACACCGGCGCCGUGAAGCACAACGCGACUGUGGCGCGGAACACGACCGGCUUCUGUCGCGGCAGCAUCAUAGGCGUUAUGGUCGACUUGUGGCAGGGGAAGCUCGUGUUCUAUCUCAAUAGGAAACCUCAAGAUGUGUCAUUCUACAACUUGCGCCGCCACCCGGAUCUCUUCCCGAUGGUCUGUUCAACCGCCGCACAGUCCUCCAUGAAGCUGAUAUACGCAUCAAGUUGGCGAGCUUCGCUAUUGGUCGACGCGGCGAAAAUAUUGGCAGCGUCUGUGAAUGGGGAUGCGAGGCUAAGGAUACCGGCCGGGAUUUGGUACACGUUAAGGAACAACUUCUGGCUCACAUUACCUCAUGGAGGUUGCAUUCUUGACGAAGACGAGGAAGCGAUGGAAGUGGAACCUUCCAGGAGCUCUUCCAGUAUGCUGUCAGACAUUCUGCCCAGCCGGUACAUGAACGGUUUCUACGUGGACAACGUGGAGCGGGACUUCCGCUUAGUUAUUUACGAGUGAACAUUGUUUUUUAUCAUUCUAUGCCAACUGCCCCAAGACCGGAGACUAUGUGCAAAAAUGUGUUUUGACUUAGGUAUAAAAGCUACUUAUUUAAUCGUUUGACGAUGUUUAUACAUAUAAAUAUCUACUCAAGGCUUCAUGGCAUUACAAUAAAUCAUGUAUUCAAGAAAAAUUUGAGUGUGUGUUUAGUCUAUGAAGUAUUCUGUGCUAUAAUAGUUAGAUUUUUCAUUAGUUCUGAUACAAGUGCAAAAUGUAUGUGAACCUAUAACCUUAUUGAUUAAUAGAAUGCGCUUAUAUAGUGUUACAUCUGGAGUAAAAAUUAGUUAAAGCUAGAUGAAAUAUGGUAUUUAUGUUUCUAAAUUGUUUAAAUCGGAUAUCUAGUGUGUGGCAUUGUGCCAAAAAUAAAUUAUAUAGUGCCAAAUAGACUUUGGCAGCUACUGGAUUCGUAUAAAUUCUAUCCCGAUAAACCAUUAUUCACAAAAUGUGCGGACACUGCGAAUGAAGAGUUUCUCCUCCACGAUUUCACUACUAGUCUCUUUGGCGGCUAAUGAGGUUUGGAUCCUCUGACCAUCGUCGUGCGUAAACAUAGAAAUGUAAUAGUUAUUUCUAUUGAACCGACUACUUAAAGUACUUGCCCAGUUGUUAAACGUUGUGAUUAAAAUAUUUAUUUAGGAUUUUUGUGAUAAUAUUUUUUUCUAUUUAAUAUAAGUGUGAUGACGAGCAUUUCCAUAUCAUGUUUAGUUUUAUAGAAAUAUCAAAUUUUAUUUAGUGGUCUCUCUUUACUUUUAAAAGGUAAUAAAAUAUUUAAGAAAG